AUGGAGAUGAUCCAAGGCGAAAUCCAGGACAGAGUGGUGGAAUUGCAGCGGUUACAAGAAUCCAGGGUCAACAAACACAGCAGCAAAGUCAAAGUGAAGAAGGGACACCUGGUAGUAUCCCAUCGUAAGACUUACUGCAACAAGGGCGAAGAUUCCAAGACGUGUAUUUCGGACCCUACCGGCUAG